AUGACGAUGGUUAUGGAAAAUCAGAACCGCCCCUAUGGCGGCAUGAAUUUCGACAAUGUCUACCACCACACUCCACCACAAUUCACAGACCCGUGGGCACACACUUCGUCGCACUCGACACCUCCCGUCUAUGCGACCUCCAUGGGAAAUGGCGCCAGCAUGCCUCUCGGUCAGGUCAAAUCGGAGGAAGUGAACCGCUCCGGCAUGUCCAUGCCAUACCCUAGUAUCCCCGUGUCCGCUCCGUCAAUGGUGGCUGGGGGGAACUACGCGACUGCCAACUAUGGCCCCGAGGUAAUGGGCAUGCAACACGAGGUGCCGCGCACCACCUUUGACCAGACACCCUCCUACACGACUGCUCCCCCGAUGAGCAGUUUCGCGCCUUCGGCCUAUGCGCCCGUCAGCUACGCUCCCAUUCACCCCUCCCCGCAAGACACCCGUCGCGUUUCGCACACAGACGCUCGCGUUGGUUCUUCAGCUGCCCCUACUUUCGGAGAUGCGCUCGACGCUAGCCGCGGAAUGGUCGCCCUCAGCCAGGACUUGACUCCUCGCAACAUCUACGCUCCUGGCCCUCGCGGCGCGCGAGGCUCAGCUGAUUCCUAUGGUUUCCCUUCGACCCACUCUUCCACCUCGUCCAUUUCCUCUGGCAGCAAUUACCCAUACUACAGCGCCUCGGUGGGCUCAGUCGACUCCUCCGUGACGGACUACAGCUCCACCACGUCUGAGUCAUACGAAUCGCGCACUCUUCCCCGACCGACCAGCCUUUUGGCCGGUAGUGCUCCCCCUGGCCCGCAAUCGAUGAUGAGCCAAUUUAGCUCCAAGAUGCCCUCCAACACCCAGAAGAAGCACAAGUGUAAGGUCUGCGAUAAGCGCUUCACCCGUCCGUCUUCUCUGCAGACGCAUAUGUACAGCCACACUGGCGAGAAGCCAUUCGCGUGUGAUGUUGAAGGCUGCGGGCGGCACUUCUCCGUCGUUUCAAACCUGCGCCGGCACAAGAAGGUCCACAAGGGCGAGAAGGACCUCGGCUCUGGUGAUGACGACGAGUAA